AAUUUGAAGCACGCGCUUUCCCGCCUGAAUUUGUUUGCCCGCCGAGGUGACGUCAGCGGCGCGGGGCGCCCCGCAGCCAAUGAGCGCGCGGUCCGCGGCGCCCCCCACCCUCCCGUCAUGGAGCCCGCGGCCACCAGCAUCCAGGUGCUGCUGCAGGCGGCCGAGUUCCUGGAGCACCGCGAGCACCGGCACCCGCUCGGCCUGGCCGAGGCCGAGCACGGCUACGCCGCUCUCUGCCCCGCGCCGUCGCGCCGGGCCGUGGGCAGCGUCAGGUCGCUGCACAACGCGCUGGAGAAGCACAGGAGAGCCCAGCUCCGCUGCUGCCUGGAGCGGCUGAAGCAACAGGUACCGGUGGGCGUAGGGCCGGCCCGUUCCACUACGUUGAGCCUCCUGCACCGUGCCCGGCUCCACAUCCAGAGGCUGGAGGAGCAGGAACUGAGGGCCCGAAGGGCCAAGGACCGGCUGCGGGACCGGCAGCGGAGCCUGCAGCGGCGGCUGGAGUCGCUGCUCUUGCCGGCUGAUGGGGAACGGGCACGGGCUGACAGCCUGGACUCCUCCCAGCUCUCAGAGCCGUCCGAGGAAGAGGAUGCAGAGGUAGAGGUGGAUGGUGUGGUGUUCAGCGGGGACCUGCUGCCCAGCUUUGGCACCGGGAGGGACCACAGCUACUCCAGCCCCCACAGCCCCACCUCCUGACGGUGCCCACUGCCUUCCCUGCACUGCCUGCCCGCCUCCUUCCUGCUGGAAACCCAGCCCCGGCCAGCCUCAUCACAGCUGCCAGGCUAAGGGGCCACAGAUGGGGGCAAGAGACUGGCUUUACCCCCCCACAGCUGGGUGGCACUGGCUGUGGCACUGGGUGCAUGGGGCUGGCACUGCGCUGUGGCACCUGCUGUACACCACAAGGCACUGAAGAGGUGCUGGAAGAAAGCCCAGCUGUCACUGAGGACAUUCUCCUGCCUCCCUCUGUGCACCCACAGGCAGUUGGGGCUGCCUGGCGUGGGGAUGGGGCGGUGCUGCCCACUGCAGACAUGACUACAGAAAGGCUCUCCUGCCCCUGGAGCGCCAGGAAGGGGAAACGAGUGCAUUAAGCAACCUGCCUUCAUGCUCCUGCAGCCACCCCGCUCUCUUGUACAGACCUGACACUUUUAAAGUAAAGGCACUUGGUAAAA